AUGGUGUUGGUUUUGGUUGGGAGGAAGCCUCUAUCUCCAUUCUAUAAUAUGUAUAUAACUGCUAUAGAAAAGGUUUUAAAUUUGGUUUGGCGUGCGUUAUCUCUUUGUUUAGCAACAUUAAGUCAGCUUCAACAAAAGCACGUUCAUGUUCAAGGUUUUUGUCGGGUCUGUGCUAACGGCGAGGAAUCUAUAGUUCAUGCACUGGUGACAUGUCCAUUCGCAGCGCAAUGCUGGAAGACCCUCAGACCAGAUAUUCAUUUGGAUGGCGUAACAGAUUUUACAGAAUGGCUGGAUAGUGCUACAAAUGCGAGUAUCACUCUUUGUUGGGCGAUAUGGAGAGCUCGCAAUGACCUGGUGUGGAAUCUAAAAACUACUUCGGUCUAUAGAGUAGUUGCAGCGGCAAAGCAGUACCUUUCACAAUGGAAAGCAGCUCAAGGAAGAUUGUUUCGUGCUCCUCUCCAACCUUCAGUUGAGGGAGAUGGAGCUGUUACUUGGGCGAAACCUCAGCAGAACACAGUAAAGGUAUCAGUCGACGCAGCUAUAUUUGAAGACCGGGAAGAAGUGGGAUUGGGAAUGGUUGCUAGAGAUUCUACAGGACAACUCUCGUUAGCUCGAACAAAUCUCCAUCAGGGUGUAGUUUCUCCAGAAGUAGCAGAAGCAAUGGCUAUUAAGGAAGCACUCAGUUGGAUUAAACAGGAAAGGUGGCCGCAUGUGGUGCUAGAAUCAGACUGCCUGGUAGUGAUUCAAGCUAUCAGAAGUAAAGCCCCUAUGCGUUCUCCGUUUGGAGUUCUUAUUGAGCAUUGUCGACAAAGUAUUUGUCAUAUGAACAACAUAGAAUUGUAUUUUAUUAAGUGA